UUUAUCCUUACGACUCAAAAUGCAGGGUUACUGCAGUUUUGUGCUCGCCAUUUUGAGUGUUUGUCUCCUGAGUUUAAAUGCUGGUAUGUUAAAUAUUGUUUUGUAUAAUGCGCCAUCUCUACAAAAAUGCAAGAAGGAAGACGGCCAAUGUCUUAAGGAGUUGGUUCAGGGUAUGAUCAAUACUGUGGCUGUUGGUGACCCAAAAUAUGGCUGGGACCCUCUGGACCCAAUGUAUAUUCAACACAUAGACUCCAGUUCAUCAAGCCUCCAGCUAAACUUACAAGAUGUGAUUGUGACUGGCCUAAGAGGAUGUGUCGCUAAGAAAGUCAGGUACAGCCCGGAAAGAACAAGUCUGUUUAUGAAGCUAAUGUGCUCAAUUGAAAUGAAUGGUCAGUACGAGAUGAAAGGAAGGCUCCUGUUCCUACCCAUUGAAGGAAACGGGAAAAACCACGUUAUACUCAGGAAAGCCAUUUUUGGCGUGGACAGCGUACUCUCUAAAGUCAACGGCGCUGAUGGGAAGGAACAUCUGAAGAUAGUGGACUGGACUCACGACUACGACUUGAAGGACAAAGCCGAAGUCCACUUUGAUAACUUGUUUAAUGGCAAUGAGAUACUCGGUAAAGCAGCUCAAGAAGUGAUAGAAAAUAACAGCAAUGAGAUAGUACAAGAAGUGGGUGGGCCGAUAGUGAAGACGAUAGUCACUAACGUGGUAGAAGCUGUACAGAAGAUCUAUGAUGUUAUACCAUUGGAAGACUUAAUUAUAGACACGUAGAAAAUGUAACAAAAUUAAAAUAGAAUAUAGGUACAAUUUUCCAA